AUGGAGACUGUCAAGCAAGCCGUCAACUACGUUGCCGAGUCUGUCCAGGGCGCUGCCUCUGGUAUCAGCAAGGAGACCAACAAGGAGAUUGCAAAGGACAGCAACGUCGCCGCCAGCACUCGUUUGUCCGCUGGCAAGGACGCCCUCGGUGACAAGUUCGACGAGACAGCCCACAACAACAAGGCCGAGGCUCACAAGGAGCUGGCCGAGCACAACUAG